CAAAACUUUCCAAUAGAUCAGGAUGAAGACAACCAGAGAAGAAAUGCCUAAAAUAAAAGUGCUGAAUAGCUCCUUUAAAGUUCUGGAGCCUCCAGAGGUUAUCCAAGAGGUCCCCCAGGAAACCACCUUGAGAAAGAGGAAAAGUUGUUCAAAAAGAGCAACUCCUACCAAAACACCAACUCCAAAACCCCCACUCAAAAUCCCCCAAUCCCUCCUACAACAAAGCUUCGAGACCGACUCUCUCAGCUCCAAAGAAGACGAUCCUAGCCUUGGCAAAAUAGAAGCUAUGUUCAAAGAUUAUGCACUAUUGCCGAGUAAGGAGAUUCAAGAGAAACUGGAUAGGUUCUUGGAACCUUAUAAUAAGUCACAUAAUACACAGAGAUGCAUGAAUUUUGACGAGCGUAGCUGUUUUAAUAGUAAUAACUGGAAGAAAGUAUCCAAUUUCAUCUGAAAAGAAAAGGGUGACUUCAGGAGCGCCCUCAGGAUCCUCAAUGGCAAGAAGUACAAAGAGUAUGAUGGAGUUCUUCAAACAAUGAUGAACCUAAGACCAGAAUGGAGCGUGUUCCAAAGACAUAGCUUUAAGAGACACUCUAAUCCUCACAAAAAGAAAAUGUUUCAGAAUCGAAGAAGCGGGAUCCUCAGGAGUAAUACACUCCGAUUUGAUUUCAAAUCUCAGAAUGUUUCCCCCAAAAAAGCAUCUAAAAGUUAUCUAAGAAUACCACAGAUGCAACAUAUGAGGACAAGAGAGCAGAGGAAGCAAGAUCCUGUUAUUGAUGAAAGAGGCAUCACCAAAGUUGUUUCGAUACUAAGGGAUAUCAACAAAAACAGAAAAGCAAAAGACUCGGUUAAGACAGAUUCGACCAAUUCAGACUCUGAAAGUGAUGAAGAAGAUUCAAAGUACAAUAAUUUUACUAAAUUUCUGGAGGAGAAUAUCAAAAAACCAACGAGAAAGAUAAAAUUCAGGACGAAUACUCAGAGAACUGUUGCUGAGAUGUCCAACCAUAAAAUCCCAACUUUCACUCCAAUAAUAAAGAAAACUCAGUGCCUAGAGAGACUUACCACAGAUCCUGUGAGAGUAACUCAGAUAGCAUCUCCCAGAUUAGACCAGAAGGCAGCUUUAAACAAGGCCAAGUCCUGUAAGAACAUAGGAGAAAGCUCUAGAUACUCUUUUCCUACAAUGCAGAGAAAUGAUAAUGGAUUUACAUCGAGCCAGAAGAGUCUUCAGAAUAUGAUAGAUAAUAUAAGAAGUAGGGCUAAAAUAACUAGGAGUAUCAACCUUGUCAAACAAGUUAAUCGACAAAACCCAACUUUACAGAUCUGUACUUCAACCAUCAGAAAACUAAGCGGCUCUCAUAAGUCAAGCGAAACUGCUUCCUCCCUUUUACCUAAAACCCAACCAAAAUCUCCUUCCAUACUCAAAAAAACUCCAAAGAAAAUCUAUGGAAAAUCACCUCAAAAACGCAAAAACCUAAUGUUCUUCAGUCCCCAAAGAAGAGUCCAAAAGAAGCAAAGGAUAUGUUUUGACUUAGGCGACCUGACCUACAUGAAACACCUCAAGGCCAAAGUUCAUGCCUAAUUGCUGAAUAAUAUAUUACUAUUCCAUACUUCAGUUGAACC